AUGAAAUCUUCGACUCGGCUUGAUUCAGUUGUUUUUCAGCUCACUCCCACUCGAACCCGGUGUGAUUUGUUGGUAACAGCUAAUGGAAAGACAGAGAAAAUAGCUACAGGGUUGAUUGAUCCUUUUCUUGCUCACCUGAAGACUGCACAAGAUCAAGUGGCAAAAGGUGGCUACUCGAUUAUUCUCAAGCCUGAGGAUAGUGACAAUGCAGCUUGGUUCACUAAAGGAACAAUUGAAAGGUUUGUUCGAUUUGUGAGCAAUCCGGAAGUCCUAGAACGUGUUUACUCGUUAGAAACUGAGGUCAUACAGAUCAAGGAAGCAAUUGGUAUCCAGAACAACUCUGAAAUGGCACUAACUGUUGUCGAAGAAGAUCUAAAAGCAAAAAGAGCAGAGAGUAUGGAAGGUGGCAGGCCUUUGCUACAGCUCAACGAGGAGAAAGCUAUUGUCCUUUACGAGCCUGAUUCACAUCCCAAACAAGCUAAUCGCUCUACCGCAUCAGAUGAAAACUCUAAAGCUCAAGUUUUGAAAGUUUUGGAGACACGGAAAACAGUGUUGCAGAAAGAACAAGGAAUGGCAUUUGCUCGUGCUGUGGCAGCUGGUUUCGACGUUAAUGAUAUGCUCCCUCUAAUAUCUUUCGCCAAAUCUUUUGGAGCCUCACGUUUGAUGAAUGCUUGUUUGAAAUUCAAGGACUUGUGGAAGAAAAAGCACGAAACUGGCCAGUGGGUUGAAAUUGAAGCAGAAGUCUUGGCAACACAGCCAAACAUCUCAGCAACGAAUGACUCAGGGAUUAUGUUCGCAAAUGCUCCUAAUAUGCGUAGGGACUCGUUGCCCGGGACACCUGAAACCAGUGAUGUGAAGUCUCCUUCAGAUAAUAAACCAAAUGGAAACCAAGAAUAUGUGCAAGGGCAGCAUCCGCACCCGGUAUAUGCACCUUGGCCAGUUCACUCUCCACCUGGUACCUUUCCUGUAUUUCAAGGAUAUACAAUGCAAGGCAUGCCGUACUAUCCGAACUAUCCAGGAGCUAGUCCAUAUCCAUCUCCCUAUCCGUCUACAGAUGACUCUAGACGUAGUUCUGGCCAAAGAAAGGCACGGAAACAUGAUUCAUCUUGUAGUGAGGAAUCAGGAUCAGAAGAUCGUGACAGAGAGAAAGGAAAAUCAGGUAGAAGAAGGAAAUCAGGGAAGGUGGUGAUCCGGAAUAUAAAUUACGUUAAUUCAAAGAAGCAAGAUCAUUCAGGAACCGACUCUGAUGCUGAUGAAAAUCCUGAAGAAGGGGCUAGAGGAGAAUGUUACAAUGGUAUAGAGAGCGCAACAAAAGGGACAGAGGCUGACACUGGGGAUUGGCAGGCCUUUCAGACUUAUUUGUUGCAAGAUGCUGAUAGAGAUGAACGUACCAUUGACCAUAUGAUGGAAAAAGAGAUUGCAGGGAAGAAGAGGCAAGGUACAGGGAAAUAUGAUCCUUUAGCUCAUGAUGAACGUGAAGCAGAAAGAUAUCACGAAAGGGAUACAGCUGACAUUCGGAACGGAACUGUGUCUCGUAGAAUCAGGGGGUCUAGUGACUCUUUUAUGGUUCACCAGAGAGAAAAUGGUUUUGAGGAUUCUUCUGGUCCUCUCAACUUGAACGGAUUGGAUAAUCCAAGAAAUGGCCUGGAUAAGAGAUCAUCAGUCAACAUGGAUGAUGAUUCUUAUAUUGUUACUCGGGGAUAUUCAAUGCUAGAUGAAGGUGGCAGCACUAAACGAAAUGCUAUAGACAUGGGAUCAGAGAUCUCUUCUUCCCGCCAAACUGAUGGAAAUGAAAGAAAGCAGGUCAAUUAUGAGCCUCAUGAUCUGAGCCUGAUGCCAGAACGUGAAACAGAGAAGUUAUCGGCUGGGUAUGAUCCUGCACUAGAUUUUGGAUCCAAAGCUCUGAAGAAGACCAAUCAAGCAACUGGAGUUGCUAAGAAGUCAGUGAGAGAUCCAAAAACUAGACUAUCUAAUGAUGCUGCAGACAAGAGGAAGGCUUCCGGGCCAAUACGUAAAGGCAGACCCACAAAGAUGAGUCCUUUAGAUGAAGCAAAAGCACGUGCUGAUAAGCUUAGAACUUUCAAAGCUGAUCUCCUGGUAAUGAAGAAGGAAAAGGAAGAGGAAGAGAGGAAGCGCAUCGAAGCUCUGAAAAUAGCAAGGCAAAAGCGGAUUGCUUCUAAAAGCAACUCAGCUGUAGGCCAGUCACAAUUGCCUGCACAACAAACAAGAAAAAAAGUGGUAAACAAAUUUUCUCCCGGCGCUCCUAGAGCCUCGAAGUUUAGUGACACAGAACCAGGAUCAUUAUCACCUCUUCUACGACUUCCCAUACGAAGUGCUUCUCUAGGGUCAAAUGACCCUCAGAGAUUCCCCAAGAAUGGUAAACUGAGUACUGUAAAGUCAACAGGAAGUAGGCUAACAAGGUCGAUAUCUCCGUUACCUCCAUCUAAGAGAGAGAGCAUAGCAGCAGGAAACAGGAUAACAAGGUCGAUAUCACCGUUACCUCUGUCUAAGAGAGAAACCAGAGUUAGUCUAGAUAGCCAGAAUAAGUCUGUUUCAAGGACAAGAAGAUUAUCAGAACCCAAAAUGGGUAACAGUAGUGCAACAAGUUCUUCAGCAAGGUCACAGCGCACAAUAGCAUCUAGAAAAGUAUCUGAUGCUCCUGAGAUAAAGAAAUUAUCUGCCAUUGUUAAUUAUGAUAUAGCGAAAAUCGCAUCUCUUCCGGAACUGAAGAUAAAACCAGCCAAAGGUCCUACAAAUGUUCUGGUGAAAGGGGUUGAGAAACUUAAAUCUUCAGCUUCUGAGACUGAAGCAAGUGGUAACAAAAAAACAUCUUUGUGCCAUAAUGAUGUUGAUGAAACUCCAGUGAUUGAGAAGACAGUGGUGAUGGUGUUGCCAAGUUCAGCUCGAAGCAUAAGUCUAGAUCAGACGAAACACGAGAAGUCCGAGGUAGUCCCUGGAAACUCCACCAUCCGUGACUCGAUUCCUUCCGAUGGAGUUGAUAAGGAAGCCAUUGAAACAAUGCAUGAGAGUGGCAAUGAUCUAGUCUUAGUUAGAUUGGAGACUCUGAGUGACUUAGUAACCGAAACACCAAAAUUUCUGACAAGUCAAAAUGUUGUUGAGAAACCAUAUCAAGCUCCAUAUGCCCGGGUUUCUUCGUUACAAGAUCCAGUUACAGUGUACUCAGAAUAUUCCCAAGCAUCGGCACCAAGCUUACACUCAAAUGAGACAGAGCAAGAAACUGUCAGAGUCCUUGUCCCAGAGAAGAAGAGCAAUGAGGCCUUAGAGAAAUCUCAAACAAAGGAGUCAGCGUCAAAAGGACUCAGAAAACUGUUGAAAUUUGGAAAAAAGAGUCAGUCUUCGUCUACAAGUGAACACCAUACGGAGUCUAAUAAUGCAGCUGCCAGUAGCCAGGAGGAUCAUAAAUCAGCUGUUAACGCUGCCACGACUGAAGCUUUUACACUGAAGAAUCUCAUCUCUCAAGAAGAAACACCUACAGCAGCAACGGCUUCACAGAAAUCAUCUCGCCAUUUUUCAUUACUGUCUCCCUUCAAGAACAAGAAGACAGUAUCCUGA